AUGAAUGCCAUCCUAGGACCCUCUGGAUGUGGAAAAUCAUCACUGUUGGAUGUCCUAGCUGCUCGAAAAGAUCCUUCUGGUCUAAACGGAAAAGUUCUCAUUGAUGGUCAAUUACAAACAGUUGAUUUCAAAUAUCAUGUUGGUUACGUUGUGCAGGAUGAUAUUCUGAGCGGAACAUUAACAGUGAGAGAAAAUCUAGCAUUUUCAGCUAAUAUGCGAUUGCCAACAAGUGUGAAUCAACAAGAAAAAUCAAGAAUUGUCGCUAGGGUGAUACAUGAACUGGGUUUAGAAAAAUGUGCGGAUACCUACGUAGGCACAGACUUAAAUCGAGGUGUAUCGGGCGGUGAACGGAAACGGACAAACAUUGGAAUGGAACUAGUUCUGUCGCCCAGUAUUAUUUUUCUUGACGAACCAACAACGGGUGAGACAUUAAUACUUGUUUGA